UUUUUUUCUCUUUUCUCAAAUAUCAAAUAGUAAUCAAGCAGUAAUAGAUUGCUCUUGAAGUUUUGUGGCCUCACGUAACUCCCAUCAUCGCUCCACCCAACCUUAACCUCAGCAGAGAGGUUUAAUCAGCCAGAAUGGCCGACACCUGUGUGGGAGUGCAGGUCCUUUAAGAUAUGCUAGUUUGUACUAUAUUUUGAGAAUGUUGUGUAUAUCUGCAUAUUGUUGAACAGGUUAGACAGUGCAGUACAAAAAGAGUGCAGCUUUUCAGACCUCUGAAGAACAUAAAACACUACAAAAAUGAAGACCUGUACUGUACACAUGAUUAUGGCUGUGUUAACCUCCAGCACUGUGCACAACAGACCAGCUGUGCUCAGCUGCUAAUCACAGGAUUAUUCUGCUUAACUAAGACUAUUAAGUGUUCCACAUUCAAAUGGCGUCUCCCACAGGCAGACCUCAGAGAGGAUCAUCCCUUCACUAUAGAGCUCUUACAGAGAACUGAAUACUACACAGGCACAGGGGACCCAGUGGAAGGGCCGGGAAAAUGCCCUUGUAUACCAACAGGAUGUCACGGUAGGUUACACUUGGGGCACAGAGGGAGAGAGAGAGAGAACUGCGAAGGAAGAAGAUGGACCUCAGAGGAGCCCAGAGAUAAAACUACAGUUUUAAAUUACCUCACCUGGCUUGCAGGACACAAACAUACAGUAACACGUCAUUAUCAAGUACAGUUUGGCUAUCAACUUUGCAGUGUUGCUUUUACUGUUUAAAGGGUAACUACCGUUUUUUUCUACCUGGGCCCCAUUUUCAUAUGCUUGCUGAUCAACCAUAAUUGUAGUUAAUAUAUUCAUGUUUUUCUACAAGUUGCUUAUGAGUGUAUUGAUUUUUUUUUCAUUUUGUCCAUUAAUCAUUCAGAAGAUGUGGAGAAGCAGACAGCUGAAUUAUUGAGACAAAAACAGCACAACCAAUGAGGACAAUAUCUCUUCUGUGUGUCUCUGCUUGGCAACACUGCUCUGCCUCCGGGUUCACGAGUUUAUCUGUCUGGAGCAACAAGCCAUCACUGGGACCGUCUCUCAUGUCAUCUCUGACAUGAUGCUCCUGAUGCUGACAGGGAUAAUGAUGAUGAUGAUGAUGAUAUCUAACACUGCCCAGUCACAUUUCUGACAAUCCUGCAGCACAGACGCAUAUUCCUUGUCUGUUGAGGCAGCAGCAGAGACAUAAGGAGCUGGUCAGUGUGGAAUCAGUGCCAAUGGCCCUAUUUAUCUGGAAGUGUACCGUCUGGACACCUGUGACCAUGGCUCAGUAGUCCUCGUGUGACCUUGUUGUUUGACCAUCUGUCCGAGUUGGCAAAUCAUGGCCAGUAUGGUGGUUCAGCUCCUUGGCUUCUUCUUGGGGCUGUUGGGGUUUGCAGGAACUGUUUUUGCAACUCUGCUCCCCCACUGGCGCAGCACAGCCUAUAUGGGCUCCAACAUCACCACAGCCACCGUCUACAUGAAAGGCCUGUGGAUGGAGUGUGUAUGGCACAGUACCGGCAUUUACCAAUGUGAGCUGUACAGAUCUCUACUGGCACUGCCACGCGACCUGCAGGCUGCCCGGGCGCUCAUGGUGCUCUCUUGCGUCACCUCUGUCCUGGCAUCUCUGCUGUCUGUGUUGGGGAUGAAGUGUACCCGCUUCGCCCGUGACUCGUUAAUCAAGUCUCCCCUGCUGCUAAGUGGGGGGAUUUGUUUUCUCUGUGCGGGCCUGCUCUGCCUGAUCACCGUGUCCUGGACCACAAACGAUGUUAUCAUGGAUUUCUAUGACCCCUUCCUUCCCAGCGGGCUGAGGUAUGAGAUCGGCCUGGCCGUGUACCUCGGUUACGCAUCGGCCUGCCUUAGUCUGACUGGAGGAUUGGUGCUAUGCUGGAGCAGCAGUGGUGGCAGGUCACAGAGGCCCCGCCAUAAGCAGAGGAAUCAACCGUUAUCACCUCCCCCUGCCUUCAACCACAUUUACCCUCCUGCUCCACCCUACAAGCCCCCCGAGGCCCUGAAGGACAGUCAUGCUCCUUCACUUUGCUCCCUUUCCAGCAGUGGCUAUAGGCUCAAUAACUACGUCUAGGAAACCCAAAAACUGCAAAACCAUGGGGACUGUUAUGAAUGAAAAAGAUGCUGCAUAGACCAAAACAGUCA